GUGAUUAUUGUUGGAUAAAGUUGAAUUUUCAUCAUCAAUAGUAUUCUAUAUUGGUAAAAUCUGUAAAUAUUUCACUGGAAUAAAAUGUGUCUUGGCCCUUUUAAACGAAUAUGCCAUUGGGGACCACUUACUGCCUUAGCCAUCAUCAAAAUCAUCACAUUAAUGACAAUCCACUGUAGUAGACAAUGGUGGCCACCCCACGAAAGUUAUUCAGCAACAAUUAAUUUUCUUCUUUUCUCUAGCUUAAGUGCAUCAACACUUUAUCAUUUUAUUACCGCAAUUUACGAAGGUCCAGGUUAUUUACCUUCAGGGUGGAAGCCAAAUAAUUUAAACGACACAAAAUACUUACAAUAUUGUAAAGUAUGUGAAGGCUACAAAGCACCAAGGUCUCACCACUGCCGGAAAUGUGAACGCUGUGUUUUAAAAAUGGACCAUCAUUGUCCGUGGAUCAACAAUUGUGUUGGGCACUAUAAUCAUGGAUUUUUCACAGCAUUUUUGGCAAGUGCCGUAGGCGGUUGUUGUGUUUCUACUUUUAUUUUGGUGUCCUGGUUGAUGACCGUUAUUUCCGGAAGAAAUGUCACGUUUGCACCACCUUCCGUGUUCACUUUAUUCUUAGUUGUCUUUACAAUAGGUCUUUCUAUUGGAGUUGUGCUCGCCGUUGGGAUGCUUCUUUACUUCCAGAUGUCAGCUAUUCUUCGAAAUACAACGGGGCCUGAAGAUUGGAUUCUUGAGAAAGCAAAAAAUCGAAGACUUGGCACGAAUGACACGUUUAUUCAUCCUUAUUCCAAGGGUUGGCUCUUCAACUUAAAGCAAGUUCUCAAGUGGAACUGUAUACCCGAAGGUGAUGGUAUUGUUUGGCCUAUUCGUGAGGGCUGUGAUCAAUAUACACUUACCGUGGAACAAACAUAUCAAAAGUUAGAGAAGCGCAAACGUACGCGAGUCUUUCUUAUUUUAUCUCCUGUUUCGGGCUCUUGGGUGCCUAUCACUUAUGGAUGGCGAGUUGUAUGUCAUCCACCUUGUACAGAUGAACCGAGGAUUAAACUCAAUAUUAAUGAUGUUGUUGUUGUUACUCGGUGGCGAAAAUACUGGUUAUUCGGAGAAAAACAAGAGGAGGAUGGAGAUCCUAAGAAGCGAAUAAGAGGAUGGUUUCCACGAUCGAGUGCAAUCGAGGUCGUAGAGAAUGGUAGAUACCAUGAGUCUAAUUCGAAGGACAACUAAAAUGUACCAUCAUCAUCAUCAUUAUUAUCAUCAUCGAUUUACCUCAAGAUUAAUUUAAAGAAUUGAAGCGUUAUGUAAAUACUUGGUCAAGUUACAGCAUAACUAGUUACUACUAUAUAAUCUAUUAAUUUAUGUAUACAUUAUUUACAUACUUAUUACAACUACCUUCUUAAUUGUCUGACACUAAUUUUAACUGGAUAUGUUGCGUGUUUUAGUUCGAAAAAAGUCUGAAUGCAAUUGAAAAAAUUGCGUGUGAAUAUAAUGACACAUAAUUCAUACCCCGUUGUCUUUUCAAGGAUACAAGAAAAAAUACAUUCGAUUAUUUUAAUAUGAUUACGUGUAUAAUAUUUACAACAAUGUUUAUCUUUAUAUUUAUGUAAGAUACUAUAACUUUUUAAUGCCAUUGUUUAUUUCACAUCGAAUGUCAGCAGAGUUUCAGGUGUUCUGCGUUACCUGAGAUAUUUUUGCACGACAUAACGUGAAUGAAUGUAAUUACUGAGAUGAUUGAUUUAUUUAAUAUAUUUAAAUGUUAAAAGACAAUUGUGAAUAAAAUAUAUUAUUGUCUAUAGACAAUAAAAUAAGUUAUGGAGGAUGAAUUGAAAGAAUUAUGUAUCUGCAUAAAAUAUUUUAGUAACAACAACUUCCCUGGAUAAGCUCCGCUGAGAAAAUCAAUAUAGCUGUAUAAAAAACACUACAUGCAAGUGAGAAAGACAGCAAGAGUCAGGUCAAAGUGAAUAUGCGACUCGUGUACAUAUAGCACGCGUAUGUGAAUUCUCUAGAUGCGUGCGAAUGGUUUGGCAGUAGCCAACACGCAAUACAAUCUGCUGUCACGCAGGGUAUGCUUGCUUGUUAAAUGCUUAUAUCCAUAUACUCAUGACGAGGACAGUUAUCACGUCGCAUGCAUGUUAGUAGGAUUCGCGAUGUGCCAUAUAUGAUCCAUUAUCCAUCGGGUUUCCAUCAUUACUCAAAUAUGUAUAUCCUUUGGUAAUAUCCUCUCGUCACGAUCCAAUCAAUAUGACAGCUUGACCUGCACAAACCAUUUUUUCAAAUUCAUACUUACAUGUAAACUUCUUAUUUAUCUUUCCAUUAUUUUAUUUAUUAUUUUAAUACACAGAGAAAUAUAUAUAUAUAUGUAUUUUAUAGUUGUUAUAAAAUAUAUUUUUAAAAUUUUUGUUAUUCAU